GAGCUAAAUAGAUGCUGAUGUAUGCUAAUGUAUGCUAAUCGAUGCUAACGAGGCGCGGAGGGGCCUCCGCGGGCCGCGCGCCGCCGAAGCCCACACCCCGCGGGACUCCGGGCGGCCGCCGGCGUCGCGCCGCCUCUCUCCACCCCCGCACGGGGCGCCCACCGGCGGGAAGGGCCUCCCAGCCGAGGAGCCUCCGGCAGCCACCUGCCUCUGCCUGCCUGCUCCCCUCCCUGGGAGCCCCAGGGGCCUCCAUGGCUUCACCCACCCCUGCAAACCCAGCACAUGCCCACUUUGAGAGCUUCCUGCAGGCCCAGCUGUGCCAGGAUGUGCUGAGCAGCUUCCAGGGUCUGUGCGGGGCCCUAGGGCUGGAGCCUGGCAGCGGGCUGCCCCAGUACCACAAAAUCAAGGCCCAGCUCAACUACUGGAACGCCAAGUCGCUAUGGGCCAAGCUGGACAAGCGAGCAGGCCAGCCUGUCUACCAGCAGGGCCAGGCCUGCAGCAACACCAAGUGCCUGGUGGUGGGCGCUGGGCCCUGUGGGCUGCGGGCUGCUGUGGAGCUGGCCCUGCUGGGGGCCCAUGUGGUGCUGGUGGAGAAGCGCACCAAGUUCUCCCGACACAACGUGCUGCACCUCUGGCCCUUCACCAUCCAUGACCUGCGGGCACUCGGCGCCAAGAAGUUCUAUGGGCGCUUCUGCACGGGCACCCUGGACCACAUCAGCAUCCGGCAGCUUCAGCUGCUUUUGCUGAAAGUGGCUUUGCUCCUGGGGGUGGAGAUCCACUGGGGUGUCACUUUCACUGGCCUCCAGCCCCCUCCCCGAAAGGGGAGCGGCUGGCGGGCCCAGCUCCAGCCCAACCCCCCAGCCCAGCUGGCCAGCUAUGAAUUUGCCGUCCUCAUCUCUGCUGCGGGGGGGAAAUUCGUCCCCGAAGGCUUCACCGUCCGAGAAAUGCGCGGCAAACUGGCCAUCGGGGUCACAGCCAACUUCGUGAACAGGCGCUCUGUGGAGGAGACGCAGGUCCCCGAGAUCAGCGGCGUGGCCAGGAUCUACAACCAGAAGUUUUUCCAGGGUCUGCUCAAGGCCACAGGCAUUGAUCUGGAGAACAUUGUGUACUACAAGGACGACACCCACUACUUUGUGAUGACCGCCAAGAAGCAGAGCCUGCUGCAGCUGGGCGUGCUGCGCCAGGACUGGCCGGAGACUGACCAGCUGCUGGGCAGCGCCAACGUGGUGCCAGAGGCUUUGCAGCACUUUGCGCGGGCUGCCGCGGACUUCGCUACCUGUGGAAAGCUGGGGAAGCUGGAGUUUGCCCAGGACGCCCACGGGAGGCCUGACGUCUCUGCCUUCGACUUCACCAGCAUGAUGCGGGCAGAGAGCUCCGCGCGUGUGCAGGAGAGGCAUGGUGCCCGCCUGCUGCUGGGGCUGGUGGGGGACUGCCUGGUGGAGCCCUUCUGGCCCCUGGGCACUGGAGUAGCCCGGGGCUUCUUGGCAGCUUUUGAUGCCGCCUGGAUGGUGAAGCGGUGGGCAGAGGGCGCUGGGCCCCUGGAGGUGCUGGCGGAGCGUGAGAGCUUGUACCAGCUCCUGUCCCAGACAUCCCCAGAAAAUAUGCACCGAACCGUGAGCCAGUACGGGCUGGACCCUGCCACCCGCUACCCCAACCUGAACCUCCGGGCUGUGACCCCCAAUCAGGUCCGCGACCUGUACGAUGUGCUGGCCAAGGAGCGCGUGCGGAGGGACAGCGACAAGAUAGACGCGGGAAAGCGCCUGACAGGGGCCCAGGAGGAGCUGCUGCGCUGGUGCCAGGAGCAGACGGCCGGGCACCCGGGUGUGCAGGUCGCCGACCUGGCUGCCUCCUGGGCCGACGGGCGGGCCCUGUGCGCCCUGGUGCACCGGCUGCGGCCUGACCUGCUGCAACCCUCAGAGCUGCAGGGCCUGGGGGCUCUGGAAGCCACGGCCUUGGCGCUGAAGCUGGCGGAGCGGGAGCUGGGCCUCCAGCCGGUGGUGUCGGCUCAGGCGGUAGUGGCCGGGAGUGACCCGCUGGGCCUCAUCGCCUACCUCAGCCACUUCCACAGUGCCUUCAAGAGCAUGCCCCACAACCCAGGCUCCGUCAGCCCCGGCUCUCCGGGCACCCCCAGUGCUGUGCUGUUUCUCGGCAAACUACAGAGGACCCUGCAACGGACCCGGGUCCAGGAGAACAGGGAGGAUGCUGGUGGCAAGAAGGCUCGCCUAGAGGUAGAGGCUGAGACCCCCACUUCCGAGGGGCCGCCUGUCCCUGAGUCCAGUGUACCCCAGGCUCCCCCAUCGCCCAGGAGGGAGGCCGAGGCCGGGGCCCUGUGCGCCCUGUGUGGAGAGCGGCUCUACGUCCUGGACCGCCUCUGUGCCGACGGCCAGUUUUUCCACCGGGCCUGCUUCCGCUGCCAUGUCUGUGAGGCCACGCUGUGGCCAGGGGGCUACGGACAGCACCCAGGAGACGGACGUUUCUACUGCCUCCAGCACCUGCCCCAGCCAGGCCUCAAAGAGGACGCCAGUGACAGAGGCCCCGAGAGGCAGGCCCCCUCGACGCCGUCUGAGAAUAGCAUGCCAUCGAGCCCCUCAGCCCCCACAGCUCCCCAGGAGGGGACCAGUCCUGUCCCAGGGCCCAGCCAGUCCGCCCGUCGGCUGAUCCGCCUUUCGAGCCCAGAGCGCCAGAGGCUGUCCUCACUCAGCCUCACCUCUGACCCAGACCCGGACCCUCCACCCAAGCCGCCCCGCAGCUCUCCUGCCUUGGGACACCAGGCCCUGGAGGGCAGCCCUGUGGGCUGGGGCUUGGCCAUCCCGAUCCCUCAAGUUCUUAAGGCAAUGGAAGUGGAGGAGUCUCCGUCCUCCAGCGAAGAGGAAGAGGACGCCGGGGAAGAGGUGGCCUUGGAGCCAGAUGUGGAACAGACCCUGCGGACCCUGGCCAGGGACUGUGGCACCCUGGACAGGUACCCAACCUGGCGUCAGUCUCUGCUGCGCCAUGCCAGGGAGGAGGAGAUGAAGAGGUUCUCCAAGGCCCAGGCCAUCCAGAGGCGACUACAUGAGAUCGAGGCUGCCCUGAGGGAGCUGGAGGCCAGGGGCAUGAGGCUGGAGCUGGCCCUGCGGAGCCAGUGCAGUUCCCCCGAACAGCAGAAGGCCCUGUGGCUGGAACAGUUGCUUCAGCUGGUUCAGAAGAAAAACAGCCUAGUGGCUGAGGAGGCUGAGCUCAUGAUCACGGUGCAGGAACUGAACCUGGAAGAGAAGCAGUGGCACCUGGACCAGGAGCUGCGGCGCUACAUGAAACGGGAAGAAAGCCUGAAGACAGCUGCCGACCGGCUGGCGGAGAGCCAGGUCCUGAGGACGCUGCUGGACGUGGUGAACCAGCGGGACGCCCUCAUCCGCUUGCAGGAGGAGCACAGGCUCCGGGAGCUGGCCUCGGGGCCCGGGACCCACGGCUAGAGGACUGCCGGCUCCUGCUGCCUUCCCUGCAGAAAGACCUCACCCCGGGACUCUGCUGCCCUGCUGCUGGGCUGCCUCGGAAAGGGCCUCCCUGUUUACAGUAAAGGUGUUCGCCACAGA